ACCCAUUUGUGUCCCUAACCAACUGCAUAUAAAUUAUCAUGUUUCUUCCCUACCCUUUUAAACUCUCACAAGCUUACAAUCCUUUCUUCUCAAUUCAUACAUCUAUUCCUUUAAUUUCUCAAUUUCUUUUUAUAUAUCAUAUUCUCUCACCACCCUUUCCCUUCCUAGCUACCUUUUUAUAGGAAAUCAAAUUAAGGUGAUUCCACAUCUUUCCUUUUCUAGCUCUCAUCAUUUAUAACACUACGUACGACUUGCUAUCUUAAAAAAAAAAAAAAAAAAAAAAAAAAAAGGAAGUUAAUUACUAUUAUUAGAUACAACAAUGUCGAAAGACAUGAAUCUGUCUGUUAAUGGUCAAUCUAAAGUGCCUCCCGGAUUCCGUUUUCAUCCCACGGAGGAAGAACUUCUUCAUUAUUACUUGAGGAAAAAAGUUGCUUAUGAGAAAAUUGAUCUCGACGUUAUUCGGGACGUUGAUCUCAACAAGCUAGAACCAUGGGACAUUCAAGAGAAGUGCAGAAUAGGAUCGACGCCGCAAAAUGAUUGGUACUUCUUCAGUCACAAAGACAAGAAGUAUCCAACAGGAACUCGGACCAAUCGCGCUACUGCAGCCGGAUUCUGGAAGGCUACAGGUCGUGAUAAAGUCAUACACAGCAACUGUAAGAGAAUAGGGAUGAGAAAGACCUUAGUCUUUUAUAAAGGACGUGCCCCCCAUGGACAGAAAUCAGAUUGGAUCAUGCAUGAAUAUCGCCUUGACGACAACAUCCAAGACUCCCUCAACGUUAAUGCAUCGGAAUCAAGUAACCAGGAAGAAGGUUGGGUGGUGUGCCGUGUGUUCAAGAAGAAGAAUUAUCAUAAGGCUCUUGAGAGUCCUCAGAACUCAUCAGUAGCACUCUCUAGAAGUACAAUUAUUCAGAAACCAAACAACGAUGGUGUUCUUGAUCAAAUACUAAUGUACAUGGGAAGGUCGUCGUCAUGCAAACAACAAGACUUCGAAAACAAACACAACAACAACCUCCUCAACAACAUCAAUAGCAUUCACUUAGAUGAUCAUAUUAUACAAAUAAACAGCACCAACUCUUUCUUCAACAACAACAACAACAACAACAGAUUCAUCCACCUCCCCGGGCUAGAGAAUCAUCAUUCUCCAACCAACAACAUGGAUGACGUGUCGUCUCUACAACUAAUCCAACAAGAUUGCUGCAGUUUCGGAGAGAUGCUCACAGAAAAUCACGAACAUCAUGAUGAUCUGAAAACUAGCCCAGCAGUUGAGAUGAGAUGGUCGCACACUUCAAUGGUAUCUGGUCCAAGCGACUGGGCAUCUCUCGAUCGGCUGGUGGCUUCUCAACUUAAUGGGCAUGAUCAUGUGGAAAAUAUUACAUCAAACGUAGAAAACAACAACAACAACAUAUGUUUUCCUCUUAAUCAUAAUGGAUUACAGCUAGGUCACUUGCGUACCAACGGCAGACCAAAUGAUGACGAUGAUGCGUUCUCACAAUCUCACGCACAUGACGACGACGUUGAAUUUUGGAGCUAUGCUCGAUCGUCCUCAUCAUCACCCUCCGAUCCAUUAUGCCACUUGGCCGUUUAAUUCGACCUCCGCAGUAUAUUAUGUAUAGAAAAAUACGUAUAUAUACAUAGUUUAAGCCGAGGCCUUUACCUUAAUUAGUUUGAUUGAUACCAUGAUAGUAGUACUACGUACGUAAAUUUUACGUUAAUUAGCUUGAUUGAUACAAUGAUAGUAGUACUACGUACGUAAAUUCUAUUUUUUUUUUCUAAUAAUACUACUAGAAUUUUGAAUAAUGGAGUAUCUUGACAUGAGACAUGAAUGUCAACUGAAAUAUCUUUUCUUAAUAAUUAACGUUGUCUCCUAUUUCG